ACCCACAAUCACAUCACGAAGUUCCAGUCGUUACCCAAACCCCAGGAGCUAAAGAAUGUUGAGGCUAUUAACGAAGGGACGGGUUUCCAGAUGUGCUCGCUUGCCCUCGUUGGCUCGAAUUCCUGUCGCCGGAUAUCACUCCGCAGAACUAGACAAGUCGCUCGGCACUAAAUACGACUCUCUUACGGACUACGGAUCAUACAAAAACAGCAUUUUCACACACAGAUUGCCCGAGUCAACCGCACAACAAUCGCCACCAUUGACUGCGUUGCAUUCUCGUUUGAGAUUGCCCGAAUCUUACUCGUACUCCACCUUGUCCCAGGCCCUCAACUUGGACAAGUUCGGCGGGUUGGCCAACAACUUUGGCCUCAACACCUUGGGAAAAAAUUUUCUUUCCUACUACGUCACGGAGUCGUUGUUGAUGAAAUAUCCUAGACUUCCCAUGACGGUGCACAAUGCUGCAUUCGACGCAUACAUGGGUUCAGAGGUUUUGGCUGAAAUAGGCAAGAGCUGGGGUAUUGAAAUCGACAAGACCUCCAAGUUGCAAAAGCAUCUUUCCAACGAGCCAGAAGCAUUACAGUACGGUAAGUUAAGAUUCAUUUUCGAUCAACACAAAGAACAAGCCCAGGAGUCCGGAGUCUACGAGCUUGCUUCCGAGGAAGUCGCUUCAUUCGAUACCGCGUCUUUGACUUUCUUGUCCAGAGAACAGGAGGCGUACGCAUCUGCCGUCAGAGCCAUCAUUGGUGGAUACUACACGCACGCUGGCGAGACUGCAACCAAAGAAUUCAUCUCCAAGCACGUUUUGUCCAGAAAGGUCAAAUUAUCCGAAAUGUUCCAGUUCAGUAGACCAACCAGAGAGUUGUCCAGAGUCUGUGAGAAAGUCGGACUUGAUGCUCCGCUUGAAAUCAGACUCAUUGCUGAGACCGGAAGAUUGACUGCACAUGCGAUGUACGUAGCCGGCGCCUUUUGCGGCGGGGAGAAAUUGGGCGAAGGCUUGGGUUCUUCGUUGAAUGAGGCUAAGACGAGAGCCGUCACCAAUGCAUUAUUAUCCUACUACUUAUACACUCCUAUCAGCGAAGAAGGCAAUGACGUCAAGUUGCCUAGUGAUGAAAACUACAAAUUCGAGGGCAUUGUCGGCCUGGGCGACGUUACGAUCUGAGCACCUUGUACAUAUUAGUGUAAAUUAACACCAGAAAUUCAGGCAAAAACAGAAAUUGUAUGCAAACGUCAGGCGCGAAACUAGCCCCACCUGGGUUCUGACUUGAUUUCCAUGGAUGUAACUGACUAGAAUCAACUUCUUGAGGAUUGAGUUGCAGCGUGCUCAGCACAACUAUGUUUUGUGGAGUGCAUAGUGCCGCGCAUCGAGUCUUCGCCGCGGCGGACUCCAUGUGCUCGGUCGGAGUCAAGCUAAUUUGAGACAACUGAGGAGCGCAUCUAGAUAUAUAGGUAAG